CAGGUCUGGCACUACUAUUCAUGUGAACCAUACAUGCCAUACCACACACCGUGAUUGUUUUCCGUACUUAUUUGACACUUCUGGUGUGAAGCUGAGGUUGCUACGACGUGAUGAACUCCGGCGGUGAUAACGUGAGGGAAAACGUGAAGAAGUUCUAUGGCACUCUGUUGGAGUGCACUGUGGACUUGAAGACAAGUGCUUCCGCCUGCAGCUUGGCCAUCCGCCCGGUGCAGAGUGUGGCAGACGCCCUGAGCCAGGUUCACCCGGAGGUAUUAAAAAAAUUCUUCGGUUGUGGUCUUCCUUUCCCAGCGAAGCUUGAAGGCUGCAAAGUCCUGGACCUUGGCAGUGGCUCUGGCAGAGACUGUUAUGCCUUCAGUAAACUUGUUGGACCCACUGGACACGUGACGGGGAUUGACAUGACUGAGGAGCUGAUCCAAACUGCUUGUCAGUACAUUGAGUACCAUCAGAAGAAGUUUGGCUAUGAGAAGCCCAAUGUCACGUUUGUAAAGGGAUACAUGGAGAAGCUCAGUGAGGCUGGCAUACAGAAUGACUCAAUGGAUGUUAUUCUAUCCAACUGUGUCAUCUGUCUAUGUGCUGAUAAAAAAGCAGUGCUACAGCAGGCCUACAAUGUCCUGAAGGAGGGAGGCGAGCUGUACUUCAGCGAUAUGUACGCCAGCAAAGUUGUUCCUGAGCACAUGAGGGAUGAUCCAGUCCUGUGGGGUGAAGGAAUGGGUGGCUCCCAGUUUUGGCUGGACUUCAUAAAGUUGGCCGUUAGCAUCGGUUUUAGCACUCCACAACUUGUUUCAGCAACCCGCAUUGAGAUCUACAACAGUGAACUCAAGGAGAAAGCAGGGGACACGAACUAUGCCUCUGUCACUUACCGGCUCUUUAAGCUGCCCAAAAAUGCAGUCCAGUCUGUGGCCACAGUGACUUAUAAAGGGACCGUGGUAGAUUCUCCAGAUCAGCUGACCUUCGAUUCAUCCCACAGCUUCAAGAAAGACGUGGCUGUGGAGGUAGAUGGAGAGAUGGCAGCGAUCCUUCAGAAUUCCCGUUUCUGUUCAGAUUUCCACAUCCAGAUCUCAGACAAACCAGCUCAGCCCAGCUCAGAUUCAACCCAGCAGUAUUGCCACCUCAAUCCAUUUCAGCUGGCUGACAAACUGGGGUCCUCAGUGAAACAAUGUUCAAAAAUAAGCAAAUAAAGAUAAAGCUGGAUUCUGAGGAAACCAAACAGUCGAGUUAGACUUGGUACAGAAACAGAACGG